CAGACUUUUACUCCUCGUCUUCAUCUCAUGUUAAUCUUAAUUUGAUCUCAUCGCUGCCUAUAACUGAUUGCAUAUUCUUCUUCUCUCUGUACAGUAUUUUUGCAGUUUAUGUGUCCAUCUUCCCAGCCAUCGACCUCAAACCAUCCUUCUUCCUUCCCCCCUUCCACCAUGUUCUUGCUCUGUGACCUCUCUACCCUGUAGCAGAUGAUGGCCUGCAAUGGAAUGGCCUCUUCCUCCUCCUUCCCCUCGAACUUCAUGUUCCAUACGGAGACACCCUAUGAAGAAGGGAACCAACUCACAGCCCCUCUCGGCUCCCUCCUCCAUACCGGUCCGCAAGACCUCAGAGGUGGUGUGGCUCCGGUGAUGGGGAAGAGAUCCAUAUCCUUCCCGGGGAUCGAGAGCUGCGAGGAGAUGAACGCCGACGAUGACUUGUCGGAUGAUGGUUGGCAAGCAGGGGAGAAGAAGAAGAGGCUCAACAUAGAGCAGGUGAGGACAUUGGAGAAGAACUUUGAGCUGGGGAACAAACUGGAGCCUGAGAGGAAAAUGCAGCUGGCCAGGGCUCUUGGGCUGCGGCCGAGGCAAGUGGCCAUCUGGUUCCAGAACAGGCGAGCAAGGUGGAAGACGAAGCAAUUGGAGAAGGACUAUGAUGUGCUCAAGAGGCAGUUUGAGGCCAUCAAAACAGAGAACGAGGCUCUCCAAUCCCAGAACAAGAAACUCCGAGCUGAGAUUUUGGCAUUCAGAGGUACAGAAACAUCGGAUAUGAUCAAUCUCAACAAAGAAACUGAAGGUUCUUGCAGCAAUAGAAGUGAGAACAGCUCAGAGAUCAACAUAGAUAUCUCAAGAACAUCAGUGAUUGAGAGCUCCCUGCCUCCUCACCAAAUCUUGCCAUACUUCCCAUCAAUUAGGCCAGUCGACAUUAACCAGCUCCUCCACAACUCCUGCAAGCCAGAAUUCCAAUGUGCCAAGGUAGAGAAUGAAGCCCCAGAAGUCAGCUUCAGCAACUUGUUGGGCAGCAUGGGAGAUCAAUCUGCUCUCUGGUCAUGGCCAGAUCACCACCACUUUCAUUAGUCUCUUCGUUUCGGUCUAUUAUCUAGAGCACCCUCGAUAAUUCUCCUGGUAAAUUGUGAAAAUUGCUGCUGCAUUAGCACUAGUCAAAUUAUAUUUCAAGCUUAAAUUUGGUUGUUUCCAUCAUCAUCGAUGUAGGAGGAAAAAUGCAACUUCCAGAGUUGAAUCAGGUGAGGGGGAGAGAGUCAACAAGGAAAUAAAGUGUCUUUGAUGUGUGUAGAUCGUUUCAAGUUGCACCAGGAAUUUUGUGCUUAUUGCUGAA